UCACUCAAGUCGCCAUUGCAAAUCUUUGAUGUUUUGCCAACUUCAGAUUAUUGUUUGAUCAUCGCUCAUCAAUCAAGCGGUUUAUAUUAAUUCGUUAUUUUUACAUUGUUUUUCAAUGUUAUGCCAAUUAGUUUUGUAAAUAAGCUGUUUAGAAUCAUCAAAAGUUUAUUUAACGUGCUAAAUAACAUUAUAACAAUCGGUUAUGUUUGCAAACGUGCAUAUGCUUUGUUGUGAGAACCACCUUUAUCUGCUGUCACUAAACUGUAGCAAGUAAAUUUUUCAAUAAUGAAACAUAAGUUUCUCGCUGUUUAAUAUGCUAGUUAGUGCUAGGUAGAGUGCAGUGAGAAUAUAAUCAAUGUGUUGAUGUGCCGUAAUGAGAGUGGUGUUCCCAUUCGAUGUACCUCUGAGGAUCAUGUACGGUGGCGUUUAGAACACGACAGAGAGUGAUCCAGGGCUCAGUAUGGAGGCGGUAAAGGAUGAGGAGCGCUUGCGCCGCCUACGCGCGUUGGAAGAAAAGCUGUGCGACCCUCGUUCCACUGGCAACGUGGACUGUUUACUCGACACCGUCACAGCGCUCAUUUCUGACUGCGAUCACCCGGCCAUCCGACGCAUGAAGAACGUCGAGGCCUACACCAGCAGAUAUGAAGAGUUUGCAUCUGAGGUCGUUGAUUUGCGUAUGAAAGCAGCAGACUUUGACCUGAUCAAAGUAAUUGGUCGAGGGGCAUUUGGUGAAGUACAGCUAGUCAGAUAUAAAUCUACUCGUCAGGUAUUCGCUAUGAAACUCCUAAGUAAAGUUGAAAUGAUAAAAAGAUCUGACUCCACAUUUUUUUGGGAAGAGAGGCAUAUAAUGGCACAUGCUAACUCUGAAUGGAUCCUCAAACUUCACUUUGCAUUUCAAGAUCAAAAAUACCUUUAUAUGGUCAUGGAUUACAUGCCUGGUGGUGAUCUCGUUAAUCUCAUGUCUAAUUAUGACAUACCUGAAAAAUGGGCAAAAUUUUAUACAAUGGAAAUUGUUCUUGCACUAGAUGUUAUCCAUGGAAUGGGGUUUGUUCACCGAGAUGUGAAACCUGACAAUAUGUUAAUUGACAAAUAUGGCCAUUUGAAAUUAGCAGAUUUUGGCACAUGUAUGAGGAUGGGCCCCGAUGGUCUUGUGCGUGCUAGCAAUGCAGUAGGUACGCCAGAUUACAUUUCUCCUGAGGUGUUACAGUCGCAAAAUGGAGAAGGUGUAUACGGUAGAGAAUGUGAUUGGUGGGCUGUGGGAAUAUUUUUAUAUGAAAUGUUAAUUGGUGAUCCACCAUUUUAUGCAGAUAGCUUGGUAGGAACUUACGGUAAGAUUAUGGAUCAUAGAAAUUCUUUACAAUUUCCUGAUGAUGUGGAAAUUUCUAAAGAAGCAAAAUCACUAAUUAGAGGUUUGCUAACGGAUAGAGUGAAACGACUUGGAAAAAAUAGUGUAGACGAAAUUAAACAGCAUCCUUUCUUUUUCAAUGACCAGUGGAGUUUUGAUAAUCUAAGAGAUUCUGUGCCUCCAGUUGUACCCGAAUUAUCAAGUGAUGAUGACACUAGGAACUUUGAUGAUAACAUUGAAAAAUCAGAUGCUUUAGAUGAAGCUUUUCCAGACCCCAAAGCCUUUGUCGGUAAUCAUUUACCAUUUGUGGGAUUUACAUAUAAUGGCGAUUAUCAACUUUGUGGACGGAAAAUGAAGCCGUCUGAUGUUGUAGAUACUAUAUCUAAUAACCAUAUUAAUAAUGUGGGCUCGGAAGCAAUAUUGCAAUUAGAAAAAUUAUUGGAGAGAGAAAGGGAUGCGAGACGUAAAUUUGAAGAUAGAGAAGUAAUUCUUUGUGCUCAAUUAGAAGAAUUGUCUCAAAGAGAAAGUAGAAGUAAAAAAAUUAUUGCCGAUACAGAUAAAGAGUUGGCUCUUCUAAAACACGAUCUGAGAGAAAUACAACGCAAAGCGGAAAUAGAGGCAGAUGCCAGGAGGAAAGUGGAAUUCAACUAUAGUGAUGUCAAGCGUCGCUUAGAGGAAGAGCAGAGUAAACGAGUGAAGGAAAUGAAUAAUUUACAAAUCUAUAAUGAAAAGAUAAAUGCUUUAGAAAAGCAGUUAACAGAAAUGCGUGAGAAACUCAAACAAGAAUCAGAGGCAGCCGCCAAAUCUAGAAAACAGGCAGCCGAACUUAGCGCCGCCCAAGCCGCGGCCGCCGCAGUGAGCGACGGCACUGUGUCCAGCUUGCGUGCGCAGAGAGACGCUCUCGAAAGAGAAUGUGGCACUUUGUCCGAGGAACUGGGAACAGCAAAAGCAGCCAAACAGAGAGCUGAAGCAUCAGUAGCUGAAGCAAACAGUCGGUUGAAUGCUGCCCAUGCUGAACUAGAAAGAUCAUCAACAAGAUUAGGGCAAAUAAUGACGGAUAACCGGCAGCUAUCAGAAAGAGUUUCUUCUUUGGAAAAGGAAUGCGCUUCAAUGGCUCACGAUCUGAGAGCUUCUCAACACUUGUACCAACAAGAAGUGAGGGCACAUCAGGAGACACAGCGAUCACAGAUGUUGUCUAAACAGGAAGCAAACUUAGAAGUUGUUAAGGCAUUACAAGGCAAAUUAAAUGAAGAGAAACAAGGCCGUCAGCGAGCGGAGUCAGCAUCUCAGGAGAAAGAUCGUCAAAUGUCGAUGCUGAGCGUUGACUACCGACAGAUGCAACAGCGGUUACAAAAAUUGGAAGGUGAACAUCGGCAAGAAAGUGAAAAGGUAGUGGGAUUGCAAGCCGCGCUGGAGCAGGAGCGCGCGGCGCGGCUGGCGGCGAGCGCGGAGACGGCGGCGGCGGAGGCGGCGAGUCGCGCGGCGCACGCGGAGCGCGAGGCGCGCUCGCGGGACCUCAUGUCGGUGCGCGCGGCGCUGCACGACGCCUCCGAGAAGCUGGCCGCGGCCGCCGCCGAGCGCGAUAUGCACUACGCUAGGAGUGAAGAGCUUCGAUCUCAGCUAGAAAAUGAGCAGCAUUAUUGCGUUGUGUACCGCACGCAGGCGAGCGAGGCGCGCGCGCAGCUCGAGGAGAGCUCCCGCGCCACGCGCGACCUGGAGCAGGAGCGCGCCAGCCUCAUGCACCAACUACAGCUGGCCAUCGCGCGGGCGGACUCCGAGGCUAUCGCGAGGUCGAUAGCGGAGGAGACGGUGGGCGAGCUGGAGAAGGAGAAGACGAUGAAGGAACUGGAGAUGCGCGACGCGCUGGCGCAGCACCGCAGCGAACUGGCGGCGCGUGACGCGCUCGUGCAGGGCCUGCGCGACCGCGACCACGAGAACCGCGCCACCAUCGAUCUGCAGCGGAAGGAGGUGGACGAGCUACGGCGCAGCGGCACGGCGCUGGCGGAGCGCGUGGCCACGUUGCAGCGCUUCCAGGAGGAGGUGGACCGCCUCAACAAGAAGCUCAACUCCGAGAUCAUGCUCAAGCAGCAGGCCGUCAAUAAACUCGCUGAGAUCAUGAACAGGAAAGACAUGAAUCCAGCAUCGACGAAGAACAAGAGCAAGAUGUCGGUGCGGAAGGAUAAAGACUACCGCAAGCUGCAACAAGAGCUGACGCGCGAGAAAGAGAAGUCCGAUCAGCACAUCGCCAAGCUGCAGCGCGAUCUACAGGACUCGCAGCAGCAGUUGCUGGAGGAGCAGCAGACGAGGUUGCGUCUUGCUAUGGAGGUUGACAGCAAAGAUGUGGAAAUUGAACAGCUCAAGGAAAAGCUGGCCGCGCUGACUAGCGAGACGGCCUCGCAGUCGUCCGCCGACGCAGAGGACGGCGAGACGGAGCAGACGCUGGAGGGCUGGCUCUCCGUGCCCUUCAAGCAGAACAUAAGGAGGCACGGCUGGAAGAAACAAUACGUAGUUGUCUCCUCCAAGAAAAUCAUUUUCUACAACUCGGAAAAUGAUAAACAAAAUACCACGGACCCCGUUAUGAUAUUGGAUCUGAGCAAAGUGUUCCACGUGCGGUCGGUGACGCAGGGCGACGUGAUCCGCGCCGACGCCAAGGACAUCCCGCGCAUCUUCCAGCUGCUGUACGCGGGCGAGGGCGAGGCGCGGCGCCCCGGCGACGCGCAGGACCUGCCGCCCGACGCCGCCGACCACGCCGGUAACACAGUGCAGCACAAGGGCCACGACCUGGUGAGCAUCACGUACCACAUCCCCACCGCGUGCGAGGUGUGCACGCGCCCGCUGUGGCACAUGUUCCGGCCGCCGCAGGCCUACGAGUGUCGACGUUGCCGUAUGAAAAUCCACGCGGAGCACGUGUCCGAAGGCGAGGGCGUGGCGGCGUGUAAACUGCACGCGGAUCGUGCGCGCGAGCUGCUGCUGCUGGCACCCGGCGCGCCCGAGCAGCGCCGCUGGGUCGCGCGCCUCGCACGCCGCGUGCAGCGCUACGGGUACCGCGCCGCGCACACCAACCACGACCACACCAAGCUCUCGCCCAGGGACUCGAUGCGGUCGAACCUGAAGGUGGCGUACAUGAACGCGUCGCAGCGCAGCUCCACGCUGCCCGCCAACGCCUCGCUGCCGCGCCAGUGACGCCAGUGCGCCACACCACACGCGCACCACUGCCCGCCCAAACCUAGCCACACACCAGUCAAUUACGACGAAUCACUAUAUUACAUCCGACUGAAGAAUUCGUAUAACGUUUAAAAAAGGCAAACAUCAGAACUGAGAUGGACCAUUUCACAGGUAGCAUGUGAAAAGUCACGUGAAAAGCUUUUUGAUACGUAACACUUGCUACUUUACUUACCUGUGGAAAAUCAUGAAGCAAUAAUUUUAAAAUUAUUACAUUUGAUCCUACUAUAUUUUUAAACUGCGCCCAUAGCUGUCGACCCGAGUGUGCGACCGAGAACACUUGUAUCAUCGCGUUUUCUUUCGCAGAUUUUUCGAACUUUUUUCAAUUUGGUUAAAUUACUUUAGCAAACGAUUGGGAAAAAUUAAAAAUCUGUAAAAUCACUGAAGAAAAAAAUAUAUUAACCAAAUGAAAAUGAUUCAUAAGUAGCAAAGACAGGGCCGCUCUGUCAUUGUACUCUCAUACUGGAGGCGCGCUUUUCUAGUCUCAUGUUUGAGUCAUCAAAAUUGUUGCUGUCCAAUUUUUUCGGUGUUGUUUCUAUGUCGCUUUAAUGAGUGAAAACGAUGUAAACUGCUUGUACCAGUUCUGUUAUAUUGGCGGUAUUGAUUUUAAGAGAUCUGAAAUUCGGCCUGUAACAUUUCUAAUUGGAUUUCGACAUAAGUAACCUAAGUAUCGACAUAAAAAAGUUUUUAUUAAUGUUAUUAUGAUAAAAGGAUCGUUAUUGUGACAUUAGUUUUUAGUAUCAUUAGUAUUAUGAAAAUUUACACACAUAAAUAAAUAAUAAUUAAUUGGCAGUAAUAACCUUUGGUACGUUGUGACGUAUGAGUGCAAAGUCAUAGACAUUGUGACCUAUACGAUUAUAUCAGUUAUUGGUCUAAAAAAAAUUUAGUAUAAAAAAAUGAAUCAUAGAAAAUGUUACAUGCUAUUAAACCUUUUCUCUGUGAUGCAGUACCGAUAUAAUUUCGUCUAUUAAACAUUUUUUAUAAAAAAAUUAUCUUAGUUAAAAAUCCACCACAAAGCUUAGUUAAAAUAUAUAGAACUUGCAAACCGAUUUUAGGGCAAGUUAUUUCUGAGUUUGAAAUAAUCUACAUCAGGGCUCUAAUUUAUUGAGCUUGGUUGCACCACCACGUCUUGAAGCCGAUUUUUUCAAUGAGUUUAUAAGAUUCUUGAUUUUGUGAGCUGUCAUCUCUGAUCACUGAUAUCCAGAAUAAUUAUUAUUAGAUGUUUUAUAGUGAAAUCAAUCAAUUAUAACCAUGAAUAUGUAAAUAUUAGUUACAUUGUGUUGAUAUUAUAAUCUUAUUGUAAUUUGUAUAAAUACGCGUUGGUAGGUGGCAAUAGGUUCGCCGUGACUGGUGCGAUAGACUUGCUUUUAGUUGUUUGCAAAAGUUUUUACGACAGGAUUUUACGGCGAGUUGCAAUUCAGGUGUUCAAAGUUAUGCUACGGUUACCGUAAAACUUUGACCACCAAAAAAAGAUUUGUUGCACUAUCCAAGCCUCUAUGAUUAAGGGCAAAGGUAAAAUUUUGAUCGAAAGUUAAUCCGUAUUCACUAUCAUUGUUAUAAGGUCCAACAGGCGGCUAGAACGCACAGUAUGGAUUCUACCAAUCCGAUUAUUGCAAAUUGACGUGGCACGGUAAUCUGAUUGGUAGAACCUACGCUGUGCGUUCGAGCGCUCUGUGAGACAUCAUAGCAAUUGACGUUAAAAGCUUAACGGUAACUGUAAUGUAACUUUAACUGCCUGCUAUGCAACUGGUCCUAGUCUCGUGUUUUUAUAAGUGGCUUAACUAUUGAAAAGUGGAACGUUUGAACUCCUAGAAAAGUCCAAACUAUGAUUUAAUCUUAGAAUAAUAUCAUGUGGUACUCACGUGGUUGAUUUUAUAUUCAAUCAAAUUCGAAUGUGUAGACGCAACGUCAAGCACAGCUAUGUAUGCAUAUAUUAUCUGCGUUUGGACCGAGUAUACACUGUAUUCAAUGGGUUUAUCAAUUUACUUUUUUGAUGAUAAUAUUUAGAUCCGGGAGAUUUUACCUGCUCAUAUUUUGGAGGCCUUUGGAGCUAAUGAAAUAUUUUUGUAUACUUACUCGUUUUAAUGUUUACAUUUUGCUACCGGAAAGUUACAUAUACAAAUCUCUUUGUAAUGGCUCAGUACUAUAAACUACAUUACCUCGCUCAAGAAAAUUCUAAAUUGUAUUUUAUUUGUUGUUACUUUUAUAUUAUUGUUACUUAAUUCGCUCAUUUUAGUAGCUUACCAUAUUGAAUACAACCAUUGUAUAAAAAUUACAAGUUUCACCUUAAAACAAAAAAAAAGAACAAUGGAAUUUUAUAAUUUUUAAAUAAAACACCACGUUUUAUGAUUAUUAAUUCAUCAGGAUAUCCACUAACAAUGAAGUUGUCAGUGGAAGUUGUUAGGGAAAGUUAGUGACUGUCAGAGAAUCUUUUAUUUUGGCUACUUUCAGAAUUUGCUUAUUGCUUAUGAACUUUUGAAUAACUGCUUAUGAUUAAUUUGUUAUGAUUUUUAUUUAAAAUAAACCUUCAUAAUGGUUUUAAAAGUUGUAUCUCCGUCCUUUUUCGCAUGUUUAGUGAAAAAUGGGAAAAGCAAUGGGACAAUGUAACGAAUUGCAUCAAUUACUUGAGCUAUAUAGGUACAUCAUAAUAUUAUGAUAUAACAUUUUGACCGUUUUACUUUCUUUUGAAAGUUAUUCUUUUGUUUUCGUAAGUGAUACGAGCCAUUAAAUCAGUAUUAAACUUGUACUAACAUAAUCCUCACGUCGCAAUCUCAUAUUAUGUGGCUAGCGAAGCCUUGAGUUUACAAUCCUGCCACUAAACAUUUUGCCUUCGAAAUCCAAUAGUUCGUACGUCUUAUAAACGGAAUUGAUUUUACUUAGUAAUUAGUAUUUACAACUACUGUACUACUGCUAUACCAUAUCCGCGGAAUGAAGUUAGUAUAUGCUCUCUGUUUGCCUCUAUCAUUUUUAUGCGAUUACGUAACAGAGUGAGAGCGCUAGCUUCAUUCCGUGCUUUGGGAUAGUACUGCAUACACGCAUGUAACUGUUACGCGAUGCCCAACUAUUUAUUGUAGAUUUAAUAACUCUAAGAGCUUAUGCACUCGACAUUUUCUCUCGCAGUUACAGUACCCGGCAGUACAGCCAGCUUUAGAAUGACGUAAUCAGUAGCUUCGGCUUCGUAGAGUGUCAUCUCUCUCUGUCGUUGCGACUGACAAGUCAGCGACAAAACAUCACAUACAGAUGAAAAAACAACAGAUGAAACAGAUGAAAGUGAAAAAAGAGCCUUCUCGGACUAUCUGUAUGUCUUAGACGACGCUUUACGAAAUCGUAUUAUAUAACCGUGUAAUAUCUUCUGCCGGGUACUUUAAACGAGUUGUUAACGCGAUAUAACCACGUUGAUAGUGAUUAGUAGGACUUUAGUGUUCCCAAACCCGUUUGCAAUAAUUGUCUAGUAGUGAUCACUCAUAAAACGCGUGUUGCCGCGCGACAAUAUGUCGAACGUGCAAAAUUUCUGAGGAACACGAUAUACUUAGCAAAUCCACUGCUCCCACAUUUGCUGAUUAACGAAGAACAGUGCCAUAAAUGUUUUGUAGUUUAUUGGUAAUUGCUCAACCGAAAUAGUUAAACAAUUCACGUGUAAACCUAGGAUAAGACUCGAAAGGGCUUCCUUCAAUCACUCCAAUUUACUGUAGAACAAG